CGCCAUUCCUGCACCCGCGACCGCUCACACCACAUGUUUGCGGCUGAAUGCAAAUGAUCAUAAUUGAUGGAUAACUAUGCCCGUGAAAGGACAUCAGCAAUCCGGCGCCAAGAGAAGGAAAAAAGAUGAAAACGAAGCCUGUGCGUCACGACACAGGUUUGCGUGCGCAAUGAUGGCCACCUACCCAGGCCCCGAGGAUAACGGCAUGAUACUCAUGGACACUACCUCGAGCUCAGCGGAGAAAGACCGAACAAAAGAGGAAACCCCUCCCGAGAAGGGACUGGACAAAUCCGACCCGACCCAGAAACCACCGUACUCCUACGUGGCGUUAAUCGCGAUGGCAAUCCGCGAGAGCUCGGAGAAGCGUCUCACGCUGUCCGGCAUCUACCAGUACAUCAUCAGUAAGUUUCCUUUCUACGAGAAGAACAAGAAAGGAUGGCAGAACAGCAUCCGACACAACCUGUCACUCAACGAGUGCUUCAUCAAGGUGCCUCGGGAGGGCGGCGGCGAGCGAAAGGGCAACUACUGGACCCUGGACCCGGCAUGCGAGGAUAUGUUCGAAAAAGGCAACUACCGGCGACGGCGACGCAUGAAGAGACCGUUCAGGCCUCCACCGACCCAUUUCCAGCCUGGCAAAUCUCUCUUCGGAGGUGACGGGUACGGUUACCUCUCCCCGCCCAAAUACCUGCAGUCAGGGUUUAUCAAUAACUCGUGGUCUCCUGCGCCUAUGCCCUAUACCUCCUGUCAGAUGAGCAGUGGGAACUUAAGUGCCGUUAACGUGAAAGGCUUGUCCGCGCCGUCCUCCUACAAUCCGUACUCGCGGGCGCAAAGCACAGGUCUCCCGGGCAUGGUGAACACUUACAACGGCAUGAGCCAUCAUCAUCUCCACCAUCACACGCAUCCUCAUGCGCUCCCGCACGCGCAGCAGCUGAGUCCCGCCACGGCUGCAGCCCCUCCAGUGUCCACCGGUAACGGAACAGGGUUGCAGUUUGCUUGCGCGCGUCAACCCGCAGAACUCUCCAUGAUGCACUGCUCGUACUGGGACCACGAGAGCAAACACUCCGCGCUACACGCGCGGAUUGAUAUAUAGCUCGGGUGUGAGCAUGAAACCAAAGACCGAUUAACAUUCUUGAAAGAGACAAUAAAAACAAGGUCCAUCGAUUUCAAAAAACACAAAGGCAUUUCAUAAAAUUCUUCUGAUUUAAGACAGAUAAGAAGGAAAAACUUUUACUGGAGCCGCAAACUGUGGAAGCACGGGCUUUCUAGGCGAGUAUAGCCUGCCUGAUUUUCCUUCACAGGAGACUCGUGGACAUUUAUGUUCUGAAUGUGUAUAAACAGUUCAAACAGAUGAGAGGAUAGCCAGCAGAUUGAAGGUAUAAUCAUCAUGGAAUUACAAUUCAUGUUUACCUGAAUCCAUUCUGUCAAUGCCUCUGGAGUGAAGUAUUGGGUUCUGAACCCUUUUUUUUUUUUCUUUCUUCUAUUCGCUUUUGAAUGUGUAAGGAUACAGUGGAGCUCUGGGCAGGUAUACAAACCGAAGUGUACACACCUGUGUUUUGGCCUCUUGUUUCAGUGUUUAAGGGUCUCAUAUAGGGGUCAGAGCACGUGACUGCCAGUUUGGACUUUUGUACUUUGUAAAAAAAAAAAAAAAGAAAGGAAAAAAAAAAGAAAGAAAGAAUUUUAAUGUAUAUGACACAUUGGGGCCAUGUUUAACUAGCACUUUUCAAUCUUUUUUUCUCUUUUUUAAUAGGUCUAGUUUUUAUUCUUUAAUAAACACUUUGUGAACAAAACACUUGUUUUGGAUUUUAUAGCCUAAUUUAUGCGGUAUAAUUCAGCGAUUAGGCUAUUGUUAUUAUUAUUAUUUUAUAACAAGGUGAUUUGUUCAGGAGUUCAGCCAACUACAGAUCUGGCCUUCAACUAAUUAUUUAAUAUUUGUAGCAACGUAUUUUAUGUUUAUACAGGCGUGUAUUUUAGAGUUUAAUAGUUAUGCGAUAUAAAUUACUGUAAGAAAAUAAUUUCUAAAUAGAACUACAAAAAUUUCUUUGCACCAUAAAGUUGCUCGUGUAAUGCAAGCUAUUCGUCUUUCCAAAGCCUAUAAAAUCAGUCGUUUUUAUGCGAGUACGUAAAGCAAAAUGGAGCCUGUAGAUGAGGAAAAAUUGCGUAAUCUGUUGGGACAAAUUAUUUUGCUGAAGUUGUAAAUAUUUAGCCCUGUCGAAUCAAUGUCAUACACUGCAAAAAUGACUAAAUAUUGUUGUGUUUAUGUUACUCAAAACUAUUGCCCGCAUGUGGUGUCAACAAUGAACAAUUUUUAACAUAUUUUUUAACAACUAGGCCCUAUUUCAUACAAGAAUAGUUUCGCAUUUUGUCGCUUUUUAUUUCGUGCCCAUAAAAACACCUGUAUAUUAGAAGUACACGAUUGUUGUAAUACAAUGCAAGUUUGUCUUUGAAUUUAUUAAUUAGACAGUGAAUAUGCUCGUCUGAGAAAAAAAAAAAAAAAAACUUGUCAAAACGAGGUUAAUCGAAACUGAUUACAAUUAUUAUCAAAGCCCCAUAAUACUACCAGUUAAAUAAAGAGCAUGUUUUGCACUAUUUAGUUUUACGUAACAUAAAGAAAAGUCUAUGCAAGCAAAAUAACCCCUUUUGAUUACUAUCAAAUAAUAACAUUAAAAAACUUUUUCACAUAAUAUCGAAUGUUUAUUAAAUUAUAGUUAAUCUACAUUGAAAUAAUUCGACAUGUAGUGAAACUUUGAUAAACAGAUUUUACGAUUAUGUUUCCUAAUGAUUAUUUGAUUAAAGUUAUUACAAAGUGUUUACCGACUUCCUCUGUUCGCGAAGCAUGAGGGUGGACCGUAGGCUAUGGAGUGUGUCUGUCUCAUUCAGUGUUUCUGGAAAACAUAUUUUGUCAUGUAGGCCACUAAAGAUAAGUAAACCGUGUUUUAAAAUUCCCGGUUUAAAAAAUGCUUUAGGCCUAUAUUUUUCUAGUGUUGGCUAUUGGUUGAGUUAACGAUAAUGGCCAAACUCAAUUUAAGAUUGGAUAAUAAUUUUUAGGACUGCACGAAUAUGUGGACAUAUGCAUUAGGCCUACUAAACUCCUAGAUACACACUUCACUUCACUUUUAAUAACAAGAAGAAGAAGAAGAACGGCAGAAGACGAAGAACAUUAACUGUUAUAUUGAGAAGGUGGUAUGUUUUUCGUUGAUUGAAUGUAUCCUAUAAUGACUGUUUAUAGUUUUCAUGUCAUCUCACCCCCAUCCGUCUGCCACUACAGUAAUUUUCAGGUGCCAGGUGUGUAGCCUAUCACAUAAUACGCCCGCAUGCAGGAUGCUCAGGGCCAGUGGGAGUAAAGGUGGGCCCCCUUUAAAAGUAUAGGCUAUAUGUAGCCUAAGCUAUUUUGUGUGUCCCCAAAAAGCGCAUCGGGGAAUGUUGUCAAAAAAAGAACUUUGCGCAUUCUUAAAUUUCUUUGACGGGGUUGAUCACAGGUGUAUCCACAAAACAGUUGAUGUACAGGACAAAGAUCAUAUAGCAAUACGUUCAACAAAAAUCCCUUUCAGUUAUCCUAAUUUAGUUGAGAAUAAUAGUAGCUAAUCCACUGUAGCCUUUCCCAUAUUUGCAAUAAUUUAUAAAUCAAUUAUUAUCCAUUUUAUAUUAGUAUAGGUCCAAUAGUAGGCCUAAUUAUAUAACAACAACAACUUGAGCGUCGCUGUUUGUUAACGAAGUGCUGAAUUGUCAAUCGAUUGUCGGUCAACUUUAUUGGGGCUUUUUGCUUAACGUUAUAAAAAUAUUGAUUUAAAAAUGUUAUUUUAAAUUUUUUAUAAAGCCUAUUCAGCAAACUGUUCAACAUUGCCUAAAUAUAUUCUUGUGAUUUUGUUCAGAUUAUAGCUUUUUUAUACUUUUACACAAUUAGGCUGCUUGGUUCAUAUCUACGUUUCCUAAAAGCAUCGUAAACCUAAACGGAUCAUAGAAACAAUCUUAGGAAUCUUAGCGUUAGGGGCCGUUUCUCAAAAAGCAUCGUUACAUAAGUAGUCUACAUCCGCGAGGGUUCUGGAGUAAAGAGCGAAAGCGCAUCGUAAGGACACGGACACGUGCAGCCACCUGCUGGACAACUGCAAACUUACAUGUAAAUUUAGCUAUGCCUGUUAGGCCUAUCACAUGACAAAAGUAGAAAACAUUCAUUAAUAUUGCUUCUACGUUUGUUUAAACCAAUAAUUAAUUAAUUGAUUAAAAUAAAAUAGUCUGGUAGUCUGUCUGGUAGCCUACAAACAAAUUUACAAAACAA